GUAAAGUGGCGAGAUUACGUGCAGAAAAUUAUGGAUAUGCAUUAAAUUGUUGGAGAUCAAGUGGUCCUUCAUUUGGAAAAUUUGAUUUAUUAAUGCAAAAUGGUACUCUUAGAUUUAAACAUAAGACUUAUGAACCAAAUGUUAUGCCUUUUGAUGAUAAAUCUGUAAAGAUUGAUGAUUACGAAGUAUUUGAAGUAGUAAUGAAAGAGACGAUGAAAAAUGAAGUAAAAAAAGGUACAUCAACUUUAUCGACUCACGAAUGGAAGGAUUUAUAUAAGAAAUUAACUAAAUUGGUUAAUUUUAUGGCCGAAGAAAGAAUCGUAGGUUGGUUAGAUACUGACGACCAAACUUAUUGGAAAACCGAAGAGGAUCUUAGUAGUGAAUAUGGAAAGGUUAUUCAUCUUAAUUACGUUUGGUGGUUUGAUAUAUUUUCUAAAUUCCGAUGUGUUCAACCUGGAACAUAUAAUGUAUUAUGGAAAAUUAAAGUUGAUAAAAGUUUUUAUGGACUUGAUGAUGUGAAGUUCACAGUUACAACUUAUCAAGAAAAUUCUGAAAGUAUAAUAUUAUCUGAAGAAUCUUGUGUUAUUGGUCAUGAUACUUUUAAGGAUAUCGCAGAAAUUAAUGAUUGGGUAGAAUAUCAUGUUCCUAUUCGUGCUAUAGAUAUACCUGAGGGUGGUAUAGAUGAAUGGUAUGAUGUCGAAUGUAAAAUUCAUGAAGAUAGAAUUCGUAAAAUAAACGUGAGCACCAAAGCUGAUUCCUUAUAUGCUUCUACUAUUUUUACUCCACCAUGCUCACCUCAUUUACCACCUGUUUUACAAGAAUAUGAGUGUACAGUUUGCAAAGUUUCAUAUAGAACUAAGGAACAUUUUUCUCAAUCAGGUAAACAAACAAUUUCUUUUCCUUGUUUGGAGAGUUUAUUUUUUGAAGUUUUUAGAGAACAUAUUCAUCAUCACUAUAACCAUCGUUCUGGCAGUUACAAAUUUUUUAAUAAUAGUCAGCAAACUUUUAUCAUGUUAUUUGAUGCACGAGCAGAGGUAGAAGCUAAUAAAGAAGAUAUUUUUGAUUUAAGUGGAAAAUGA